AGCUGACAAAAAGCUGUGGUUGGUCUCCUCAGUAAAAAAAUCCGUGGUCUUUGCAGAAGCUCCGCCCGCUGCCCUGCCUCCCACUGGGCUGACUGAGCAGGCAAAAGCCUGCUCCCUUGGGUCUUCCAGUCGCCUCGCUAGUUUCCCUGAGUCUCUGGAUCUUUGCAAAAAUUCCUGUGCUCAUCUUUGCUAUCCAUUUGCAGUCCCCUGGCCUUCGGUGGCAGUCCGAGACGCUCCCGGGCUCAGGACGUCAUGGCAAAGCCCAGGAAUCUCAGGGGCCUGGGGAUGUGCGUUACUGCAGCACUGGCGUCCUUCCUUGCAGGCUUUGUAAUGGGCUGGUUUAUUAAGCCUCUUAAAGAAACAACUUCUUCAGCUGGUUAUCAUCAAAGUAUGCAGUGGAAACUCUUAUCUGAAAUGAAAGCUGAAAACAUUAGAUCGUUUCUACGUUCCUUUACAAAACUUCCUCAUCUGGCAGGAACGGAACAAAAUUUACAGCUUGCCAAGAAAAUCCAAACACAGUGGAAGAAAUUUGGAUUAGAUUCAGCCAACUUGGUUCAUUAUGAUGUUCUCUUAUCUUAUCCAAAUGAGACAAAUGCAAACUAUGUAUCAAUUGUGGAUGAACACGGAGUUGAGAUUUUUAAAACAUCAUACCUUGAACCACCCCCAGAUGGAUAUGAGAAUGUUACAAACAUCGUACCACCAUAUAAUGCAUUUUCAGCCCAUGGCAUGCCAGAGGGAGAACUUGCGUAUGUGAACUACGCGCGUACUGAAGACUUCUUCAAACUAGAAAGAGGGAUGAACAUCACCUGCACUGGGAAGAUUGUUAUUGCAAGAUAUGGGAAGAUCUUUAGAGGAAAUAAAGUUAAAAAUGCCAUGCUAGCUGGAGCCUUGGGAAUCAUCCUGUACUCUGAUCCAGCUGACUACUUCGCCCCUGAGGUGCAGCCAUAUCCCAAAGGAUGGAACCUUCCUGGAGAUGCUGCUCAGAGAGGAAAUGUCUUAAAUCUGAAUGGGGCCGGUGACCCCCUCACUCCAGGCUAUCCAGCUAAAGAGUACACCUUCAGACUUCAUGUUGAGGAAGGAGUGGGGAUUCCGAACAUUCCUGUACAUCCGAUUGGAUAUAAAGACGCAGAGAUACUAUUACGCAACUUGGGAGGAACUGCUCCACCAGACAAAAGCUGGAAGGGAACACUAAAUGUUAGCUACAAUAUUGGGCCUGGAUUUACAGGAAGUGAAUAUUCCAGGAAAGUUAAAAUGCAUGUUAAUAACAUAAACAAAAUCACAAGAAUUUACAAUGUAAUUGGAACUAUCAGAGGGUCUAUAGAACCUGAUAGGUAUGUCAUUUUAGGAGGUCAUCGUGACUCCUGGGUGUUUGGAGGGAUUGACCCAACCACUGGGACAGCAGUUUUGCAAGAGAUUGCACAAAGUUUUGGAAAACUGCUGAAUGGAGGCUGGAGACCUAGGAGAACCAUCAUCUUUGCCAGCUGGGAUGCAGAGGAGUUUGGACUGCUGGGUUCAACCGAGUGGGCUGAAGAGAAUGCAAAGAUCCUACAGGAGAGAAGCAUUGCUUAUAUCAACUCAGAUUCAUCUAUAGAAGGCAAUUACACUCUCCGAGUUGACUGUACUCCUCUUCUUUACCAGCUGGUCUAUAAAGUGGCAAGAGAGAUCUCCAGCCCUGAUGAUGGUUUUGAAAGUCAAUCACUUUAUGAAAGCUGGCUGCAGAAAGACCCUUCACCAGAGAAUAAGGACUGUCCUAGAAUCAAUAAGCUGGGAUCUGGAAGUGAUUUUGAAGCUUAUUUUCAGAGACUUGGAAUUGCUUCAGGCAGAGCUCGCUACACUAAAAACAGGAAAACAGACAAAUACAGUAGCUAUCCUGUAUACCAUACCAUCUACGAGACCUUUGAAUUGGUAGAGAACUUUUAUGACCCCACAUUUAAAAAACAGCUUUCUGUUGCUCAGCUCAGAGGAGCAUUGGUAUAUGAGCUUGCAGACUCUGUAGUCAUUCCUUUCAACAUUCAAGACUACGCAAAAGCCUUGGAAAGCUACGCAGCAAGUAUCUUCAAUUUAUCCAAGAAACAUGACCAGCAAUUGACAGACCAUGGAGUGUCAUUUGAUCCGUUAUUUUCUGCUGUGAAAAACUUUUCAGAGGCUGCUUCAGACUUUCAUAGAAGACUUAUGCAAGUUGAUCUUACUAAUCCUAUUGAAGUGAGAAUUAUGAAUGACCAACUGAUGCUGCUUGAAAGAGCAUUCAUAGAUCCUCUUGGUUUACCUGGGAGGCAGUUCUACAGGUGAUGGAGAGCUCACUGCCUCAUGAAGAAGCCCCAUUCUAUUUAGAAAAUUUCCCUCAUAAAGGUUUCAAAACUUAGCUAGGCGUGGUGGUUCACACCAGUAAUCCCAUCAUUUGGGAGGCAGAGAUAAGUGGAUCUCUGUGAGUUCCAGGCCAGUCUGGUCUACAAAGUGAGUCCAGGACAGCCAAAGACUACACAGAAAAAGCUUGUCUCAAAAAGCAAAACAAAAUCUCAACUCUUUAAGCUGUAAUGUUCUCAUCUGACCUGAUCUUUUUUUUUUCCCCCAAAUAAAGUUAAGUUUAGCUUUCAUUUCAUUUAAUGAUUUAGGUUGUUAAGAGAGCUGCCACGUCCCUUGAAAGAAAUAAUUUUUUUUCUUCUUUUUGGUUGUUUUUGUUUUGUAUGUGUGUCAUACUUUUAGUAUCUUGGCUAUCAUUCCCCAAAGUCUAUUUUCUCAAGGUCCUUUAAAAAAAAUCAUUCCUUGUGGCUGGAGAAAUGACUCAGUGAUUAAGAGCACUUGUUGCUCUUGAAGAGACCUCAGAUUUAGCUCUCAACAACCACAUGAGGGCUCACAACCACUGUAACUCAAUCUACUCCAGGGAAUGGGCAGUCUCUGCUGAACUCUGUAGGCACCAGGCAUGCAUGUGGUACACAUAAAUACACUCAGGCAAAGCAUUCAUACACGUAACAAUGUGAAAAAUUGUUAAACAAUAUUAAAAAAAUUAAAUGGUUCCUUGAUGGAAAUUAAGAAAGUCCUAGCAUUUAACUUCAGAAAAAUCUGUGUUCCUGUUCAUGCAAAUGUAGGAUUUACUGUUUCAGUGCUCUUUGAUAUUAGCAUGUCACUUCUAGAAUUUGCCUGUCUGAAUUAAAGUAAUAAAUGAUAUUAUUAUAAUUAUUUCUCUAAGCCUUGGAUUUCUCAGCUACAAAUGGAUUUAAGGCAUCUGGAGAUUGAGCUACAAAAUGGAAGCACUCCAGAAUGUGACCUGUAUUUAUAAUUGUUUAUUCACAAUUACAUAUAGGAGCUAUCAGUUAUGAAUAUAUAUGCACAUGUACAUAUAUAAAAAGUAAAAAUAUCUUCAAUUUUAGUCUUUUGGAAAUUUACUAGUAUUAUUAAUCUUUUUAGAACUAAUUGUUUAUAAUGAAAACUUGUACUUUUAAAAAUGUUCAGACUCUGAAGAAUGUAGUCCAGAGACAGUUCUGUUUCAUCAGCUUCCUCAAUUGCAUAUCUAGUUCUGCUAGUUUUUUCAGGGAAACUCAGUAUUGUGUGAAGUUUUAACACACUUAUAUAUGAAUAAAUGUGUACAUUAUAAACACGUUUCAUGUGGCUAUGUAUAUAGUAUUUACGAUUAAGUUUGCUUACUAUAUUUAUAUAGUAUAUUUGUAUGCAAACGUUUAUACAUA